AUGAGGUGGCUGGAGGAUCUCAUCGAUCGCAUGUCUCGUCAAGUCCGCAUAAAACUGAAGUCGGCAAAAAUGUCUCAUCAGGAAACAGAGGCAAAAAUCAAGAGAUUGUUAAGUCGCAUGGAGGAGCUGCAGAAUUCUCAGAAACGUAAAUUUGAUGAACUUAGCGAGCAUCAGUCGAAAAUAUUUGAAGACAUCCUCGAGAAGCUGGCUUUGCACUUUAAUUCGGAGGAAACUAUCUCGAGUUUCUGCAAGUGGUCUAAAGAUGAAGUACCGAAACCCCUUGGGACAUGGCAGGAUACAAAGAAUGAGGUGUUAAAUUACAUCUCAGAGAAAACACACCAAUUUGUCCAGCGAUGGGAAAACGAAGAGAACGAAUUCGACAAAGCUCGAGUGUCAUUGAUCCAACAUUGUUGCAAAAAGUAUGAUAUAAUGGAGGAAGAAAUGCGCGAAGUAGCAGAAGAUUUUUUUAUCGUCGACGAGGCGGAGGGCGACCUUCCACAGGACGAGGGUGGAGAAAAUUUGAAACGAUCUAGAGUAAGAGGAAGAUUACAAACAAGUACUAUUCCGCCAUGGCUUCGGCAAGGAUUGGCAUCAGUGGCGAUAGGGUCUCCACUUAGCAUGCUCGGAAUCGAAAUUAAAAAGAAGAUCUAUUGCAAUACCAAACUGGUCAACUUUUGCAACGAUCCGUGUGGCUACAUGAAAAAGCGAUCACAGAAAUGUCUCAAAGCUAUUUCUACUCGAGACCGCUUGCUUCCGUUCAUCAACGAACAACUGGAAGACGCCGUACUGUACCUAGGACAGAUCAAGAAGAAGAUUCCAAAGCUGAGAGAAGGUGACGAGCUGAUCUAUCAACAGCUACUUGAAGACAAGAGAGGCAAUACUGAGAUUCGGAGGAUCUACGAGCCUUUAAACAACGAGCUGGAGUCUCUGAGACGGGAUAUAGCCGUCUACACUCUGCGAGAGAUCAGGCAGUCGGAUUUCGCAAGAGAAGAGUUGGAAUGCGAUUUUAGAAAGCAUUCCAUUGGACGAGGCAGCUUCUCGACAGUGUUUAAAGGCGUUCUUCAUCGCAAAGGAUCACCAGAGAUUAAGGUGGCUAUCAAGAUGUACAUUGACCCGCUUACCAGUAAUAACGUGUGGCAUUUUGUAGACGAGGAACGUGCUUUAAGAAAACUGCGCCAUCCAAACAUUGUGGGUUUUUAUGGAACCAAUUUGCACCAAAGCCCCAAUGGCACUGAAGUGAUGAUCGUCCUCGAGCUUUGCAGUUGCUCUCUCAGAGUACUUACCCAUCCAGAGGAUUCACCCGCUCGAUCGUUGAACGACACGGUCAAGAAGAAAGUCUUAUCCUGGGUACGACAUAUCCUACAGGCCUUGCAUUAUAUCCACUCAGAAGGAUUUGUUCACCGAGAUUUAAAGCUGGAAAAUGUGCUGCUGACACAAGGCGAGCAAGUGAAACUUGCAGAUGUAGGAGUAGCUAAACAUGAAAAAGAAAUAACAGGUACGAUGGUCGGCACCUCUCUGUACCUGGCCCCUGAAGUGUGUGAGGGUCGAAUUUACAACAGCAAAGCUGACAUGUAUAGUUUUGGCUUUGUACUUUGGGAAAUAUGGUAUGGUGAGACAGCUUUUAAAACGGCAAUGACAACCUGCGAAUUGGACCAGCUCGAAAAGGUGAGACAGGGCUGUCGACCUACUCACAUCGAAGGCACAAAUCAUCCAUAUGAAAUAUGGCAGCGUGUCAUGACUUAUUGCUGGAAUGAAGAUCCACGUGCCAGGCUAACAGCAAGAAAAGCACUGGACCGUUUCAAGGAGUUACAGGAGGCUGAGAUUCAACCUAAACAGAAACCAGUACUGUUACCAAGGUCACGUUCGCCACGGCCACUUUCACAAAGCAAAACGCCUCCUCCAACAAAGCCUAAGCCAGCUAGAAGAUGAAAUAAGCAAGGUGGAGCGUCUGCUUCUUACCACAAAAAAGCAGAGGCGGAGAGUGUUCACUUUGAAUUAAAAGAAAAAAAGUAACGUGGAGCGGACUGAAAAGAACAAUCGCUUUAUAUCUUAGUAUUCGUUCGACUGUAAUUAAUUUAGGAGGAGGAGGUCACUGAAAUUAGAGAUGUAACCAAAUUUUACUCAAAGCUCCCAAUGAGCUUCAGUGUAUACUGAUAGUUUUUUUAAUAGCAGUUC